CACGAUAUUCUAAUUUUUCGAGUUUCACCUGUAUAAGGUGGGGCUUGAUUUGUAUCCAUCAAGAAGUGCCUGGGAAUGCAUUUCUCUCAUUUCUAUCACCCAUCAGCUGGCCACCCACGUCAUGCCAUAUUAAAUCUAUGGCAACUGGAGCAUCCUCAUACUGGUGACAUGCUGACAUGUUGCAUUGAUGAUUCAUUACAUGAGUGGGGUAUACAAAAUGAUCAAGUUUUGCUGGUCAUCACUGACAAUGGUGCUAACAUCACUAAGCAGUCAGGCUGCUGGGUGACCGGAGAAGGGAUGGCCAGAUGGAGGAAGAAGCCAAUCCAGAUGUGCAGUUAGAGGAUUCAGACUCUGAAGAGGACUCUGAAAACGAAGAACUGAAUGAUAUUUUGAUGUGCCAAGAGACUGCAGACUUGAGAAAAUUUCAGUGGAUGGCAUAUCAGGCCCACACACUAUAUCUUAUCAUAAAAGAUGCCAUGAAGCAUCCAAGUGUGGAGGGAGCAAUCUCAAAGACAAGAAGACUAGUUUAUUACAUGUGCAAGUCUUCAGUGAGCAAUGAGGGGUUGAUUUUGAAAUGUGGCAAAACCCUCAUAAGAGACUGCAGUACAAGAUGGAAUAGCUCCUAUGAAAUUAUAAAAAGGCUUCUGGAAAUCAAAACAGAACUGAAUGAGGUUCUUGAGAAGUUGAGCAUAUACGCUUUGCUAAAUAGUGACUGGGUAAAGCUUGAGGUACUUUUGAAGCUGCUGGAGCCUUUUGCAAUUCACACUGACCAGUUACAAAUUGAUAGCCAGUGUCUCUCAGAGGUGGUGCCAUCACUACUGAACCUCAAAGCUCACCUUCAGACAAGUGGACCUGGGAAGCAACUGGCACAAAUAAUGCUGAAGUCCCUCUGUAAUAGGUUUGCCUUUGUAUUGAAUCAACACCAUCAGCUGCAUGUCUGAUGGAUCCAACCGUUUCUGUUAUCCUUCUGUACAAGAAAUGGAGCCACUAAAGAAUGCAGCAUCAUUUGAGUCAUUUGUGAUCCAGUUGGCAACACAAUAUAACCAGGCAUCGACUUCACCUGAGAUGGGUGGCCACGAGGAAAACAGCACUCUAGAUGGUGUUCAAACCUUACGCAAUCUCCAGCAUUACAGGUUUCUUGCAUCCCAUUUGGAGAAUGACUUGACUGCUGGACAAGAACACACCAGAGACAAAAGUAUACACUCUAAACUGAAAAAAUACCUGGAAGAGGUAAAAAAUGGAGUGCAAGUAGAGUCGCCAAUCCAGUUCUGGCGAGCAAGGGAGGCCUUUGUUGAACAGAUUUGUGUGGGGAGUUAUCAUUAAGGGUGAGGAACAGGGCCACCACAUCACUGGAACAAAGAGAGUUCCUCAAAAUCUGAUUCUGUUGAUUUCAGACAUUUACAUCUACACACUAAUGCACACACAUUGAUCUAAUGACAGUCUCAGUUAACAUCACCUGGUUCAGUGUUAUUAGUCAUUUUCUUUUUUCUAUUGAUUACAAAUACUAUGCGUGGCAUGCCCUGAAUUGUUAUUUUUUCAACUUCAAAUGGUUAAAGGUUUGUCACUAUCCAUAAAUGGUCAAAAUUCACUGCUGUUCAAAAACAUACGAUAUGUGAUACAUAUCUCUUUGUCAUUGGUUGUUGUUUUUACCAUGUUGUAUGUCAACCUAGCUAUACACUAUGUAGAAUAUGAAGACUAUGUAAUCUGGACUGAAU